CAAAGAGUGGAAGGUUUCGGCGCUCGCCGACCAAACAACACCUCAGCCAAAGAACCAGAAGAAAUCUAGAAAUAUAUUCAUGGAACUAUUCCGGAAACGCAGGGGAAAGAAGAACAGCGAAACCGACCAUGCUGCGCCGGAAGAAACCGAGAAGAGCACGGCGAAAGAGAAACCGCAUGUAUCGUGCGCGAAGCCGAUCCGAUGCGAAUUCAACAAGAAUCCGAUGGAAUCCGACUAUGACGUCAUCUACAAGGUGCUCGUCAUCGGUGAGUCGUACGUCGGCAAGACGUCGCUCAUCAACUCGAUGCGACACGAGACGUACACGAGAAACCUGAUGCCGACCGUCGGCGUCGACUUCGUUAACCAGGACUACGACGUCGACGGACACAGAGUGCGUCUGCAGAUCUGGGACACGGCCGGUCAGGAACGAUUCCGUGACAUUAACAAGUUCAUGUAUCGCGGAACGAAGGGUCUCCUUCUUGUCUUCGACAUCACCGAUAAGAACACGUUUGACUCAAUCAACUACUGGAUGCGCACCCUGGCGGAGGCCGACAUCGACAGCGAGGAGGUGAUCAUCGUCGGCAAUAAAUGCGACCUCUGGUGGCAGCGCAAGAUAAAGCUGGCAGCGGCGGAGAAGUUGGCCAAGUACCAUUCAUCGAAGUAUUUCGAGACAAGCGCCAAGGAGAAUACGAACGUGACGGAGUUGUUCUCACAGAUGGCGUACGACCUUGUGGAAGCGAACAACCCGAAACUGCUUUACGCGUACACGAUGACCGUCCAAGAACUCGCUAAACAGAAGCAAAAGAAAGAACGAAAAUGAUCCAUCCGCCAUCACAAUGGUGAACCACCCAUCGCAACGGUCUACUACCCAUCGAAAUGAUCUAUCACCAAUCACAAUGAUCUGCCACCAAUCACAAUAUCCCACCACGUCUCUAUUAUCGAUGCAUGACCGUCCGAUAUCACAAAACAUCCAGCUGUAUACGUAUUCCUGCAUAUUACAUGUUUCACAUUGGCAAGCGGUAUGACUCAGCUAUAAUUCGCAGAAACAGCAUUUAUUUAAUAAUCCGCUGUUGUGUUAGAUAUGAGUGUAUAAGAAUAUGUCGCGUUCAAUGUUGUAUAUUAAGUGAUAUGUUGCGUAAUAUAUAAGUGUAGUAAUAAGUGUAUAUAAUGUAUUUCGUAAUGUGUAGUACGUCUUUUAGUUUGUAAGUUUAUUCUACGCCAUUUUCACAGUAUAGUUUCUACUUGAACUGUAGUCACACAAGUCAUGGAGACAUGCCAUGGAUGGCAAUGGAUUAAAUUAUUAAAAUGAGUAUCAUCGAAUCUGCUGAAAAUGUACAAUAGUAAACUAUUUAGCUCAUUUGUUGCCUUGUUUGUAUUACAUUUUUGUACAAAGUUGAUAGCAUAGUUAGUAUUAACAAUCUAAGAUAGAUAGUUAGUAUAGUAUAGUUCUUGUAUAGUUGAACAAUCUAACUAUAAAAAGUGACUAGAAACACCACAAACACUUCAAUUUAUUGUAAGAUUCCGAUACAAGGGUUAUAUCAGAGCAAGUCUAUCCGAUUUAUAUGUAAGUACUGAUUAAGUGCUUUGGUGACAUACACUCGUGCUGUUGACGCUGGCGUUGACGCUGGCGUUGACGCUGGCGUUGACGCUGGCGUUGACGCUGGCGUUGACGCUGGCGUUGACGCGUUAGUUGUUACCAAUUUGCUACGAUUCUGUUCAGCCGUAGUCCACCCACGACGUUGGUAUCGUGGUCUUCAAGCGCAACGCAUUUAAACUACAAUGAAAGUAUAUAAUGUCUUACAAUUUUACUACAAUUAUGUCCAGCCACGGUCUAGCCAAGGUCUCAGUAUUGUUGUCUCCAAACGCAGUGUAUGUAAACUAAUGAAGACAAAUAAAGUAUUGUUAGUUACUGACGAUCAUCGUCAACCACGGUCCAGGCAAGGCGUCGGUAGGGUAGUCUCGAACUAUACUGACGCCAAACAAUGGAAACUGCUGUGAGAAUCGGGUGGGCCCCGGGCGUCACCGCUCCGACUGUUGAAAUGACAGCACGAAGCAUUCCAGUAACUCCGAGUGCGAAGUGACUCGAUAGCCGAGUAGUUAUAAGAGAAAAGACGGAUGUAAGUGCAUGACGAUUACAUUGAUCAAAACUUCAACAUCUUAUUACGUAGUAAAUUUUAACUUAAACAUCUUACAACUUUUUCACUUUUCAAAGCAAUCGCUAUCAACGGUGAAGUUUCUUUUAAUAUAUGAAAGUUUGAAGGUCGAA